UGGAUAUCGGAAGAAGGGAAACUCCGUUUGACAGGGCGCAGUUGGUAAAUGAUGAUGCCGUUAGUCUUGAUUAUUGGGUCACGAUAAGUAAGAUUGGCGUACAUAAAGCUGGCCAUGCUCCUUUGAUCAAAAGCAGCAUAUCUUACUUCGUGCCACUCCACACCCUUGCUUCAUAUAUCACAGGGUACUGCUAUACCAGCCGCCACCAUGCCAGCGAUGCAGUACUUCGAGAAGGCGCAAACAACGUUCAAGCCGCCGCUAAUCGCCAACGAAAACGCCUACCUCGGUGACGUCGUAUCAUCAGAGUCUACAGAUCCAGAGAAACCCAUCAGCGGUGGUUUCUACCGUCUGGAGAAGGGAACGCCGCUCGUGUACACGUAUACGUAUGAUGAGAUAAAAAUCAUCGUUGAUGGGCACUUCUACAUCAGUGACGAAACGGGCAAAGAAGUCAAAGCCGAGAAGGGUGAUGUGUUCUUCUUCCCAAAAGGGAGCAAAAUCACGUUCAAGACGGAUGAUUUUGGACUAGGGUUUUUUGUGGGGCAGAGGAAGAAAGAUGGUGCGUAGACAGCGGGCCAGAAGGAAAGAAGAAGAAUAAGAGUAUAAUGAAAGUUCUGUAUCAAAUGCAC